UACACCGGUGGCAACACAAACUUGCAUUUACACUGGAGUCGUUUGAAAAAGGCGGCGCGCAAACUGGUCUUUCGUCGCUGACCUCGUGAACGGAACAUAUGAUAAAGUGUCGUAGGUCCGUACAUGCUUAACAAUAAGGAAAGUGAUCUAAGUAAACGUGAACGUGCGGAAGGAGCCAAAAUCUGAAGGAGUUAGAACUGGUUCACCGAGUGUCUACGUCAAGUAAGCAGUUUUGUGAAAUGGACCAUGUUUAAUGCCGGGUUGAGGGCAUGCAGUUUAGCGAUCCUGCUCUUGGUGUUCAUCGUCCAGUGGGAGCCAUGCAUCUCUACAGCUGAAGAUUUUCCAUCAGAUGCUUCAUCAACUGGAGACGACUAUAUUUCAUACAAUCAGCAAAGCUUUUCAACCGAGACCCCGUCACUGGAAGCUAAUAAUUUCAACGACUUGGACAAUUACUAUCUAGACGAAGACGAAAAGGAAAAUGAAGAUGAUGCUCCCGAUGAGGAUAUUGAAUCGAUAUCAAAUGGGAAAACCGCACCAAAGUCUUUUAAAAAUGUCGAAGGAGAGCAUAUCGUAUACGGCGAUAUGGACGGCGACAUAAUACUCAAAGGGUUCAAUACUGGCAAAUGGGAGCAUGAUGAAAAGGAAUCGACAACAGCAUCGUCAACGGCAUCGUCAACGACAACGACAACCAUCUUGCCAUCAACCACUGUUACGUCUAGUUCGGCUAAGGAGCAAACGAUCAUGGACAAUGACGACGAGGAGGGUGGAUUCCCACCCAUGAAGAACGGGUCAAAUGGCUACAAGAACUGGCUAACGAACCGUAAAAGAAGAGCGCACUCAUCCUUUGAGAAAUACAAAGCAUAUCAUCGCAAUUACCGACGCUUUGGUCACAGGGGACACAAAAAAGCCUUCGGAAGAUACAAAAAAUACGAGCACCAUCGAAGCAAACACAAAAGUGGCAUGUUCCAUCAUCAUCAGCAUCAGCACCACAACCAUUUCCAUCAGGCAACCACUUUCAAUGACAAACCAUACUAUCAAGGACAAGUGAGCUACUAUCGAAAAGACGAUGAAACCAUUGAUGACCCCGACGUUGGAGUCGUCGUUGCUGACAAAUCAUUUCAUUUGCCUGCGAAAGUGCGAAGCUCCCAACACUACGGACAGUAUCGUCGAGCUGGAGGAGGCAGAAACGGAGGUAUCGCUAAUAGCUAUCGAUCCGAGGAAUAUCCUGUUCGAAGUGUCAAAUGGCCACAUCUUCGACGAAUCGAAUAUCAAAUCACAAAGGAUGAACGCCGCGAGCAGGAUGAAAAUGAUGAUGAGGGUGAACUUCCGCCAUAUAUCAGGAAAUACAAUAGACGUAAUAAGCAGUUACUCGAUUUGCUGGAAGGCACGAUACCCCCUCCCACAACUACUACUUUCUCUGCGGCCCCAAUACCGGCAAUGGUACAGUAUAGUGAUUUCAAUGAUGACGACAGUGAGAGAAGGAAUAACAGGAAACAUAGCAGGGCAAGCCAUCCUGAAGGACGCACCCACUAUCACAAUCAUAAAAAUCCCAAAUGGAUUAUGGAAGAUUUAUUUGAGGAGCAACGAGCGAAUCCAAACAACCCGAAAAUUGAAGACGACCAAUAUCCCAAUGACUCUCUGAUGCCUUCAAAAUCACCAACUAGUGCAGAAGCCAAGAGAAUCAGCGAUAUGGACUACAAAAACGUUUUGAAGCGAAAAGAUUUUUCUGAUGAAGAUGAGGAUAGCAUAGAGAAUAUGAGCAAGGAUGAGGACGACGAGCACCUGAAGUCAAUACAGCAGAACGAACUUCCCACUCGGAGCGUCAUCAGCGACUUGCGAGUAUCCGAAAAAACAUUGUCAGGGGAUGGUAAAAGUUCGCAGAAAGACGCCGUUGCUCCUCCCUCUAAAACAGGAAAACCUGGUGACAAUCUUGCCGCUAAUUCUGUAGCAUCCCCAACCGAAACUCUUAAAAUAUCGCCCAAAGCGAAUCAGUUCAUCUACCAUCGUGUCGCCUCGUCAAGAUCUGUGGGCACAGGGACUAAUAUCAGAGGCGUUGAUGGAGGUUCCCGAAAACAGCGACUGCCAUUUGUUGCAAUCACAGAUCGAAGAUUGGAAAUGUCGAAGAUGCAGAAACCAACUGCAGAUUUCCAACAGAAUCACUUGCCAUUGCCUUAAAAUCCAAGACACAUUUAGAAAGUAGUGCAACUAUGAUAAGCAUAAAAAUCAAUAUGUAUUCUAUAUUUAAUAGGGAAUGUAUCUUUCGUACGGAAAUAAGAUAGUAAUCGUUCAUCCAUUGAAGUGCGGAGCUAUUUUCAAAAGUAUGAGUUGCACUUGGGCACGAGGAGGUGCUCAAGAUGUUAAAAGGGGGCAGAGCACUACUGCAAAGUGAUUUUGAGUGAUGCCAAGCUUGCAUUUCCUUACGACCGGAUGAAUGAUUAAAAAGUUGUGGUAGAAUACAAACUCGUAGAUUGAAUAUAACUCCAUUAGUGGGAAAAUGAUUGACCAUCAAAUCCCUACAUAGCUGAAUGAAAUGUCAGUUCAACAUAGGAAUCUUUAGGCAGGUUCAAACUCGCUUGCUAAUCCGUAAUUCGGCAAAAUACAUUAGCCCCAACGGGAGGAAGACGUCCUGGCUAACGAUAGUAGGUUGCCAUUCAGCGUACCAUUAUAGGUGCUUUUACCUAUAAUUUAAGUUCACAGUUAGUUUAUCUUAUCGCGGAACUGUAGAAGGUCCUAUCCUUACACUUCCUCUCGGCCCGUCGAAACACACUUCCACAUGCUCUACAUUUUUUCCACAAUAAGGAACGCUCUAUAUCUACAAAUCCGUCUGCUCAUCAGAGGGUAAAAUUGCACACGUUUUCAUCUAAAUUUCCCACAUAAAAUGUAUAAUUUUCCACAGUCUGCAUACCGUGCGGCCACAUUUGCCAGCAACGCAAUCAUCAUCACCGUCACCAUCACACUUAUCUGGCUCGGAAGCAAAAAGCUUCUUCCGUACAUGCAGUCUCAAGUUUCCAUUAACAUCCUUGUAAUUAAACUUAAAACAUCCCCUUCCACACAAGACCUGACCACCCCACUCUCGAGUGCGC